CGGAUCGGAGCCGCCGGGACGCCGGCGGCCCAGGUGUUAGACGAGGAAAAGUGAUCAUUGGUGAGGACCGCCCUUUGCUUCCCUUGGUGUGCAGGUUCAGGAGAGGGGCAGUCAGGACUUCCGGGUCUCACCCCUGUGGCCAAGUCCCCUGCCACACCAGGAGCUGAAGCCAUGGCCUCAAAGCCUGAGAAGAGGGUGGCAUCAUCUGUCUUUAUCACCCUGGCACCCCCGCGCCGCGACGUGGCUGUGGCGGAGGAAGUGAGGCAGGCGGUUUGUGAGGCCCGGCGUGGCCGCCCCUGGGAGGCUUCUGCCCCAGUGAAGACACCCGAGGCUGGCUUGGCGAGGAGGCCCAGCCCCUGGACAUCCCCUGGCAAGGCUGCAACCACAGUGCCAGCUGCACCUCUGCAGCUUUCCAAUGGAGGAUGCCCACCCCCUCCUCCUGUCCUGGAUGGUGAGGAUGUGCUUCCUGACCUGGACCUCCUCCCGCCGCCUCCACCGCCCCCUCCGGUGCUCCUACCUUCUGAAGAGGAGGCUCCUGCUCCAGUGGGGACCUCACUCAUUGCAGACUUACAGCAGCUGCACCUGUCCCCGCCCCCACCCCCGCCCCCACCACAGGCCCCAGCGGAGGGACCUUCGGUCCAGCCUGGUCCCCUCAGGCCCGUGGAGGAAGAGCUGCCACCUCCUCCAGCAGAACCUGUUGAGAAAGAGGCAUCCACAGACAUCUGUGCCUUCUGCCACAAGACCGUGUCCCCCCGAGAGCUGGCUGUGGAGGCCAUGAAAAGGCAGUACCAUGCCCAGUGCUUUACGUGCCGCACCUGCCGCCGCCAGCUGGCUGGACAGAGCUUCUACCAGAAGGAUGGACGACCCCUCUGCGAACCCUGCUACCAGGACACGUUGGAGAAGUGCGGCAAGUGUGGCGAAGUGGUCCAGGACCACAUCAUCAGGGCCCUGGGCCAGGCCUUCCACCCCUCCUGCUUCACAUGUGUGACCUGCGCCCGGUGCAUUGGGGAUGAGAGCUUUGCCCUGGGCAGCCAGAACGAGGUGUACUGCCUGGAUGACUUCUACAGGUACGAGAGGGGUUGCACCAGGUGGGGUGCAGGGACAGGGCGAGACCCAAGCAGGAUGAAGGAGCCGAGCCUGAGUCCUGGGUGCUGGGCCCGAGUUUCCUGUCUACUGGUUUAUUAUAAAGAAUAUUACAGGGCUGGACAGGGCACGGUGGCUCAUGCCCCCUGUAAUCCCAGCACUUUGGGAGGCCGAGGCGGGCGGAUCACGAGGUCAGGAGAUCGAGACCAUCCUGGCUAA